GGCUGCCACGACAGAGCGGUUCUGCUGUACGAGUAUGUAGGAAAGAAGAUUGUGGAUCUGCAGCACACAGAGGUGCCUGAUGCCUUCAGAGGCAGAGGAAUUGCUAAACACCUUGCCAAGGGUGGCCCUUUCAUCGGGUGAAUGCUACAUUGUGCACGAAAUUUACAAUGGGGACAAUGCACAAGACCAGUUUGAGUAUGAGCUGGAGCAGGCGCUGGAAGCUCAGUACAAAUACAUAGUAAUCGAGCCCACACGGAUCGGAGAUGAGACGGCUCGCUGGAUCACUGUGGGGAAUUGCCUGCACAAGACAGCGGUCCUAUCGGGCACAGCCUGCCUCCUUACCCCUCUAGCCCUUCCCUCUGAGUACUCACACUAUGUUUCGCUGCCUGCUGGUGUGCUUAGUGUAGCCUGCUCUGCCCUUUACGGCAUCUCUUGGCAGUUUGACCCCUGCUGCAAGUACCAGGUUGAGUAUGAUGCCUAUAAACUGUCGCGGCUGCCGCUGCACACCCUCACCUCCUCUUCGCCAGUGGUGCUUGUACGAAAAGAUGAUGUCCACAGAAAAAGACUGCACAAUACAAUAGCGCUUGCUGCUCUGGUGUACUUCGCCAAGAAGAUUUAUGAACUGUACGCUGUAUGAUUUCCACAGAGAAAAUAAGACACAAUAUUUUGACACUUCUGUCUCCUCCCGAUACAGUGGUGGAAACAGAGGGUGUUAAUCCCUUUUAGGACUGCUGCACUGAAUAUGAUGCUCAGCCCCACGUACACUUUGAGGACCCGCAGUGAACCCGACCCAGGAUACCAGCUGGGAGCUAACAUAGAAUAUUGACAGGAGGAAAUGGGGGUGUGAGGGAGUAAAACUUACCCUUUUUAUAAAAAAAACCAAAACACAACAUUUAAAUAUAUUAUUCCUUGUACCAUACUAAACCAGCCUGGAGUCCGUGUGACCAUUAAAACGUAUACAAUACA